GUUAUUUUAAUAUUGGUGUAGGGUGUGUGUGUGUGGAGAUUUUUGAAUUUUCUUCUGUACGUCACGAACUGACCUUAGUUAUCUAACUAUUAAAGAAUGAGGAACACUGGAAAACUGUUUCAUCUUAGUAUGAUACUCCCCAUCUUACUAGUAACUGAUUUACAAAGACAGUUUUCCUAUAUACGUUGUAGGGACGUAACCAGAGGAGUCCAACCAGGUCAAGAGUGAGGAAGUUGUCCACCAAUCGGAUUGGAAAAUGACCGAGUAAUAUCACGAAUUGAUUAAAAUCAGUAAUGUAAACCAUCGGAUCCCAAAUCAGUUUUCUAAACUUCAAUGACUCACUGUGAGACCUGGAAGUUUUCGGCUCGAUUUCUGAUAGUGUCGUCAGUGUUCACUUGGAAGUCCUAUACUGGAGUGGAAUCGAUGUUUUCGAUAGUUGUCUAACCAACGUCAGUUUGUAAUGUAGACUGAAAAGUUAGUUUAUUACUUGUGAAAUUUUGAAAUACAUCAUUGAAUACUCUGUCCUGAGAUGUUAUUUAACCUGUUAUGCCAUUCAUAUUCUUUUGUUGAAGGAUAUGAAAUCAAUUGGUAUUCAACAGUUGGAGGCUAUUCGAAGAUUAAAAUCACGUGGAUGCAACCAGUUGCGUCGUACAGUUUACUUGACUUUUGUACCUGACGAGGAGUUAGGUGGUGUGAAAGGAAUGAAACCAUUUUUAUUGAAUCAUAAUGAAUGUAAUAAUCAUCAUUCCGAAGAAAUUAGAUUUCAAGAUAUGAAUAUUGGGCUUUGUUUAGAUGAAGGUAUACCAAGUUGUUCAGAAGAUUAUUUAGCAUUUUACGACGAACGUCGUCCAGUUUGGAUAAAUGUACAUUUUCAUGGUAAUGCUGGUCAUGGUCUGGCUUUAAUUGAAAAUACAGCCGCUGAAAAAUUCCGGAUAUUUUUAAAUAGUAUUUACAGUUUCCGCAAAGAAGAACAAUUAAGGUUGGAAAACUCUCUAGGAAAGCUAACAUUGGGGGAUAUAACAACAGUCAAUAUGACAAUGAUAAAUGGAGGUGUGCAGCAUAAUGUUGUGCCUGAACAGUUGUCAGCAUCAUUUGACAUUAGAUUAACUCCUUCAUUGUCACUGGAUGACUUCAAAAGGAAAUUAGAUCAGUGGGCAUUAAAUGCUGGUGGACAGAUUGAAGUUAGUUUGCAAAAAUUGACAUGUUUUUGUAUCUUUUAUAUUUCCUAA